AUGUUGUGGACGACUUGGAUCACCACAGCCUUGCUCAUGGCAACGGCAGUCCAAGGCCAGACCAACGAAAGGGACGCCAAGGACAUCCAGUUGGAAGUAUUUCCCUAUUUGCCUGAUGAACAAGAGGACGAGGCCACCGAAGCUGAUCAAGCCCAGGACAUCGUAGCAUGUCAAGAUGCCCUCUGUCAGAAAACACGCCACCCAUUUGAUCCACGAGUCCAUAAGCGCCACUAUAAGGUUGGAAUCCAUGCCAUCCGUGGAUUGGAGGCAGCAGAAGAAGAGUACAAGAUGGCAUUUGAAACAUACCUCACUCAGACAGCAGGCCGUCGAUUUGAUCCUCCCGUUGACUUUACGAUUGUGGCCGCUACCAUGAAUGGAAUCUUUGAACAGCUAGAGGAUGACAGUUUGGAUUUCCUCUAUGUCAACCCAGGUGUCUAUUCCUGUGUUGGAGUGGAGUUUGGUGCUAAUCCUCUGGCCACCAUUAUUUCUAGGUUGGAGGUACGGGGCCUUACCUGGGACCUGGAUGUGUUUGGCGGGGUCAUCUUCACUCGUUCUAGCAACUACGACAUCAACACCAUUGAAGACCUGAGAGACAAGAUUAUUGGGGCUGGGUCGAUCUCUAUGAUCAUGGCUGGCCAGCUUCAGUUUUAUGAGAUGCAGCGGGCUGGUCUAUCUUAUGUCAUGGACCCCAAGCAGGUUGUGUUCACAUACAAUCAAGAUGAGGUGGUUCAGGGUGUUCUCGAUGGAGUCUUUGAUGCUGGCUUUGUUCGAACGGAGCAGUUGGAGCGAUCAAGCCAUGAUAUUGAUGAGUUCAAGGUUCUGCACCCAAGAGUGUUUGUCAUGGAUGAUGGAAGCUUGUUCCCAUUCUUACAUAGUACGGACAUUUACCCCGAAUGGCCGGUCGCGGCCCUUCCUCAUGUGCCAGCGGAUGUUGCCAUGGAAGUACAAGAGGCCCUGCUUGCCUUCCAAGGCCAUGCAGAAGUGGGCCAGCAGAUCCAGAAUGGAGCCGAGUUUGCGCCCCCAAGAUGUGACACCACGGAGGAAGUAGCAAAGCUUGCCUGGAAUGCUUCUAUAGUGGGUGAGAUUGCAGGGUUCCGAAACCCAAUGUCAUACUUUGAGGUCCGGACUAUGCACGAGGCGGCUGGCUUCAUCAAGAAGAAUGAUAGAGGUGACUGGACCUGCACUCGAGCUAAUGCUGGCUCACUCUACGAUAGCUUUGACUGUCCUGAAGGGUACUACAAGCUGAACCCAGAGGCUUACAAUGCAUCCUGCCCGGAGGUUGGGCUAUCCUGCAAAGAAGGACAUGACUGCUACUGUAAACCUUGCAUGAAGGCACAUGACGUUGAUGUUUUCGAAUGCAAUCAUACUGAUGGUUACGUGCAUGAAACAAGAUAUCGAGGCUGUGACAAAAUGGAGGUCUGCGGGUCGAUUCAGCAAAGAGGAAACAUCCAGUUUCGUGUGAGAGACAACCUCAGACGGGCUGGAUCCGAAGUUUCAGUCAAAAUGCAUUCAGUACGAGGCAUCGAAGAAGUCCCUGUUACCACUGUGGAUGAUUUCAACUACAAGUUCAAUUGGACACACCCAAAAGUUGGAGAGGGCAUAAUGGAGGUGUCAAUCAAUGGGGUUCAGAUCUCAACCUCGCCCUUUCAAGUGGAAGUUGUUGAACGUGACUGCGAGUUGGACCAUCCAGGUCACAACAUGCAUGCUUCAGCUGAUGGAGAAUGUGUCUGCUCUGAUGGCACAUUUCACAUUGCUGGGAAGUGUAUCAGUGCUACCAUUGUAGCAAUUGUGGCCUCCCUUUUCCUCUUGGUUCUUGCCACCAUCGCCGGAGUCUUCCUCAUUCGCUACAAGACUUACUUGAACGACAAAGCAUGGAUGGUGGCCCUGGAAGAGCUCCACUUUAAUGUUCCUGCUGAGGUGAUUGGUCAGGGUUCAUCUGGAGUUGUCCUCAAAGCUGAAUAUCGAGGAACCGAUGUUGCCAUCAAGCAGGCCAUUAAAGCCAAAGCAAACAGGGAAUCCAGUAGCGGCAAGGGGGCUCCAAAGAGGAUCCAAGCUCCCUCAGAUCUCCGAGCCUCUCAGACCGAUUGUUCCAGAAGAAACUCUUGCUCUGGCUCAGCGCAUAGCUGUGAACUUGAUGGCUCAAGUGCUCCUGAUGACACCGAGACUGAGGCCAUUGGGGUUGACCCAGAGACUGGUCUUAGAUCCACAUCAGAGUGUGCUGAAAUCACAAGCCUGGGCUUUUUGCGUUGUGAUCAUCGAAAUCUGCGGCCAUGGGAUUUAUUUUGUUUUUGGAAGGGGCACUAUACCUUUAGUCCUAGCAUCCGUUUCCAGGAUUCAGUUCUGGGACAAAGUGCAUCAGUGAGAAGGAAAAGCCUUGGAGCAAAGGUCUGUCCUUGGUUUAGUAAACAGGCAUGGAAAGAAGAAGAGUUUAUCAGUGAAAUGCGUGUGCUGUCUCGGUUGCGCCACCCUUGUAUUACUACUGUGAUGGGUGCUGUCAUCUCGCAUAGCCACACUCCGAUGCUUGUGCUCGAAUUCAUGGAAUAUGGAUCCCUGUACGAUCUCCUUCGAAACGACUCCAUGCACCUUGCUGGUGACAUCAUUUUGCAGGUUUGCCGUGAUGUUGCGCAAGGACUCCGAUAUCUGCAUUCAUCUCAUCCGCCAGUGUUUCAUGGAGACAUGAAGUCAAAGAACAUUCUUGUGGAUGGAAGAUUCCGUGCUAAGCUUUGUGACUUUGGUCUCUCUGAUAAGACUGCCAACCUGGUGACCGGAACUCCCUGUUGGAUGGCCCCUGAGUAUCUUACCUGCAGGUCUCGCUAUGAUUGCUCGUGCGACAUCUAUUCUAUGGGAAUAAUCAUCUGGGAAAUCUAUGCAAGAAAGAAUCCAUAUGAAGGAGAACAGCUUCUUGAUGUUUUGAGAAAAGUGUGCAAUCGGAACAUCAACAAGCGCCCAGCAAUCGAAGAAACGUUCCCACCCAAGAUGGUUGAGCUGAUGCAGAAAUGCUGGAGCCCAGAUCCCCUCACACGGCCCCAUGCCACUAGUCUUGAUACAAGUCUUUUGGACAUGAAUCCUAGGGAUGCCGAGCCGUUGGAUGUGAAGAAAGCUGAUUUGAGUGGUCAAAAGCUCUGUGACGAACUCUUCCCAGCGCACAUUGCUGCAUCAUUGAAGGCGGGAAAGAAAGUUGACCCAGAGCAGCACAAUCUGGUGACAAUCAUCUUCUCUGAAAUUGUUGGUUUUCACAGGAUAUCUGAAACUAGUAGUCCAGCGAAAGUCUGCAACAUGUUGGGCCGUCUCUUUCAAACCUUUGAUAAGCUAUCGAAAGCGAAGGGUGUAUUCAAGGUGGAAACAGUUGGUGACAACUACAUGGGAGUCACAAACCUCAAUGGAUCUCAGAGGAGCAGUCAUGUGAAGCAGGUGGCAGAGAUGGCCGUGGAUAUGGUCAAUGAAGCAAACAGGGUUCUUGUUGAUGAAGAUGCACCAGAAAAGGGAUUUGUCUCUGUAUUAGUUGGUUUCCACAGUGGCCCAGUUGUUAGCAAUGUGAUUGGCUCUUUGAAUCCCCGGUACGGAUUAUUUGGGGACACAGUCAACACAGCCAGCCGCAUGGAAUCAAACUCAUUACCAAACCACAUUCUGUGUUCUGAGUACUCCGUGAGGCUCUUGCGAGAGCAGGCACCAGACUUCCCUAUUCGCAGGAGGGGGAAAAUCGAAGUCAAGGGCAAGGGUACAAUGACCACAUUCUGGGUUGGCGACAGACUCAUUUCGGUUCGAAAUAAAAAGGCAGUGGAACAACCAAAUCAAGCCAACAAAAAAGUGGACUUUGCUGUUGACAAGAGAGAAGGCAAAAGAAGACUGGACUUCCCGGUUGAGUAUUCCACUCGCCACAUGGAGGUGUUUGCGUAG